CGGCUAACCCGAGCUAACCCGAGCUACCCGAGCUAACCCGAGCUAAGUGAGCGUUUGGAGGUCUCGUGACCUGACUGGUGAAGCAGUUCAUCCGGAUUAAACACUCGGACUGCAGACAUGAGCGACGUGGCGGAGGACACGAUGGACAGCUCUGCGGCGUCGGAGGAGGAAGUGGAGGAGGAAGUGGAGGAGGAGACGUCACAGGAGUCGAGUCCAAACAAAAGCAGCUCUAAAGUAUCCGGUGAGAUCAUCGAGGGCAAGCGGGCAAAGAAAACCGUGGAGAGGCUCGAUUUUCAGGCUCCGAAGACAAAGGAGAAGCUCAAGAUUGGAGAUGGCAGUGGAGAUAAACUGGGAGACAUUCCACGCACCGGCCUCCAGAUCACCAAGAUGAAGCAGGCUGACCUGAAACCUCUGCACGCCAUCCUGUUUGACAGGCCGGGAAAGAUGGCCACGUUAAAGAAGAACUUGCGUCUUUUUAACGGCUUUCCUUUUGACGCUGACAGCGAACAGUACUCCAAAAAACGAGAGAAACUUCUAAAGAAUUCAAAUUUCACCAACACCAAACUGAAGGUGGUCUGUGGGGUUUUGGAUCUGGAGAAGAAAGGAACCCACUCUGAUCUGGUCGACAGGAUCCUCACGUUUCUCAUCGCACCGAAGAACAGCGGGAAGCGUCUCCCCGUGAAGAAGAAGAGGAAAUCGAAGAAGAAGCUGUCCGGCGACGACUCGAAGCCCAACACCAAGAAGAGCAAACCCAAACCCAGGAGCUCGUCCUCCAGCCCCAAGAAAUCCAAAACGGGAAGCAAGUCCAAAGCCAUCGUCAUGGACUCCAGCAGCGACGAGGAAGAUGAGAAGGCCGGAGCUUCAGCGGAGGCCGAGGGGUCGGACACGGAGGACAAACGGUCGGAGAGAGAGGACGACCGGACCGACAAGUCUGAGGAGUCUGAAGAGGAGGAGGAGGAGGAGGAAGAAGAGGAGGAGGAAGAUGAUGAUGAGUCUCCCAAAUCAAAGUCCAGCAGAGGGAAGUCGGCUUCAAAGAAAUCUGCUCCGAUGAAGAGACCGAGGACACCAACGAAGAAGACGGGUCCUCCUAAGAAGAGAGCCAAGAAGGAGGUUUCAGAGGAGUCGGAGUCUGACGCCGACAGUGAAGCUGAGGAGAAGCCCAAAAAGAAGAAGUCUGCUCCGGCCAAACCUGCCGCCAAAACCAAGAAGGCCGACAGCAGCAGCAACAGCAAAAACAACACAAACACAGCAGAGGACAGUUCUGACGAUGACGAGCCGCUCAUCAAGAUGAUCAAGAAGAGUCCGAGUGACGACCAGCUGAAGGAGACGGUUCAGAGUCUGCUGAAGGAGGCCGACCUGGAGGAGAUGACCAUGAAGCAGAUCUGCCAGAGGGUGUUUGACACGUUCCCCGACCACGACCUGACCAACAAGAAGGAUUACAUCAAACAGACCGUCAAAUCUCUCAUCACAUGAAGAUCUGAAGAAUGAAGUUCAACAUCACAGGAAAAAGAUUUUCAUUAGUUUCAUAUCAAGUUUGUUUUUCAUAGUUUUCUACAUGAUUGUUUUUUUUUAUUAAUGUGUGCGUUGUGAAUAGAUUUUCAGAUUAGAGUUCGUCAUCAACAAGUUUAACGUUUUCAGGCAGACUCAUGAGAAAAAAGACGAUAAAAACAUUGAACUUUUAUUUUUCUAAACUUUCAGAAACUCAAAUGUCGUUUUUUUUCUUUGUGUAAAGUUCGUCGACUUUAACUCGUCGUGUUUCGGCAGCAGGAGAAAGUCUUUAAUUAACAUGUCUGGAUUAAGGUUUGUACAUAUGUUUCUAACUAGUGAAGCUAUUUUUGAUUAACUCAUUAUUUUGUUUUGUUUUUCUCUUUCAAACAUUAAUUUACAAUUUAAAUCCUCAAAGGAAUUGUGAUAAUAAUUUACCUUCUGAAGAUUAAAAUUGUGACUU